AUGGGACUUGUUAGUUGUUUAGGCAAAACUAUAUUGUUUAAUGUUAUUCUAGUCCUAUUAGUAUUAUAUCUACCUAACAUACCACCUGAUGCAGAAUUUACACAAUCUGUAAAAUUACCUAAACCUAGAGCUCUUGAAGGUACACUAGCUCUCAACGAAAAGUUACAAAAUGCAGAGAUCUUACACAAGGGGAAAUUCGUAGGCCCCGAAACUUUUGCCGAUUUCAAUGGAGAAUUAUACACUGGUGUGGACGGUGGCAGUAUAGUUAAACUUGUGGGCGAUAAAGUGGUACCUGUUGCUAAAACUGGCAAAACUUGCAAGGGUUACCAUGAAGAACAAAUUUGCGGGCGGCCGUUGGGGAUGGAAUUUAAUAAAAAUGGUGAUUUGAUUGUUGCUGAUGCGUACUAUGGAAUCCUUAAAGUAAACGUCAAAACAGGGACUAAGGAAGUAUUGGUUUCUCCUGAUACAAAAAUCAAUGGUAAAAAACCACGGUUAUUUAACAGUGUUUCAGUGGCAAGUAAUGGAGAUAUUUAUUGGUCCGAUUCUUCCACCAAAUUUCCAUUGUACGAUUUAGUUUUUGACGUUUUGUCACAUCCUUCAGGAAGAUUAGUCCAAUACGAUGCUAAAACAAAAACCAACAAAGUACUAAUCGACAAUCUACAUUUUGCAAAUGGUGUUGUCCUUUCCGAAAACGAAGACUUCGUUUUAGUUGCCGAAUCGGUUCGUGCCAGGGUACAUCGGUACUAUUUGAAAGGUCCAAAGAAAGGAACUCAAGAGAUAUUCAUUGACGCUUUACCAGGUAUACCAGAUAAUUUAGAGAAGGACGGAAGAGGUGGAUUUUUAGUAUCCCUAAUUGAAAACGACGAUGAAGAAAACCCAGCUCCACUAUUCCUUCUUUCCCGGUUUCCUCUUGCUAGAAAAUUCGUUUGCAGAGUUUUUGGCAUCGCCCAGCUUGCUUUUGAAACUUUGGAUAGAUAUUAUCCCAAUGAAUUAGCUCAAAAAGCUGUACAUUUCAUUGGUCAUUACAGCUCUAUGGCUGGAAAAUUACCCUCCAAACGCGCAACUGUUCUUCGUCUUUCCAAUAGUGGGGAAAUAGUGGAAGCUCUACACACAACUAAUAAAAAUGUUUACCUGAUGUCUGAAGCUUAUCCAUUUAAGGAUCACUUGUAUUUAGGGAGCCCUGGAAAUGAUUUUAUUGCUAGAGUUCCUUUGGAUUCCAUGGGUUGGACAAAACCCAAAACUGUUGCCGAACCUAAAGUAGAAACUAAACAAGUGCCAAAGCAGGAAGAAGCACCUAAAGUAAAAACUACAUCACCUCCACCAGUAAAACAAGAAACUACUACUACCACCACUACUGCGAAACCACCAACUAAACAGACAGAAGCACCUAAAGUGAAAACCACUCCUCCACCACCAGUCAAACAACAAACUACAACUCCUCCACCAAAACCGACUACCACUACAAAACCUUCAACAGCACAACCCACUCAAGCUCCAAAAGUAAAACCCACUCAAGCUCCUAAACCUCAAACUACAACACCAAAACCUCAAACUACACAACCACCUAAAGCACAACCAACGAAAGCACCUACACAACAAACAACACAAGUUCCCAAAGCGCAACCCACGCAAGCUCCCAAAAAGGAUAGUAAGCCACAACCUAAAAAGGAAACCGUAGCUCCACAACAACAGACUACUCCACCGUCUCAGAAAACUACUCCACCAACCAAGCAACAGGCACCGCCGCCAAAACAACAAACACCUCCCGUUGAAACCAAAAAAAGUGAAGGUAGUAAGGCGGUACCAUUAAAAGAACCCAAAGUUAAAAAUUAAAAGAGUUAUGUAUUAUUUUCGUCAAGGUUGUGCAUGUGUGAGGCUAAACAAGCAAAAUUUUACAAUAGUUGAAUAAAUUAAAAAUAUGUACCUUUAUAAUUAUCUGAAAAAAUCACUAAUGUGCAAUAAUAUUUACUUAAAUAAAUCUAUUUUCAUUUAUAAUAAAUAUUACAUUGGAAUUCUGUAAAAAAUGAUGAAAUUUAUGAAAAUGUUGUAAAAAGUUGCUUGUGCACCAGAAGAGUAAGUUCUGUCAUAAUAAAUAUAUGUACCAAAAGUUGGGUCAUCACCAUUAUUAUCAUUUUACAAAUUUGUUUUAAUUUUAAAGUGAUCUCUAUUAGUCAAUUCCUAUUUUUUCUGUUUGACAUAACACAUUGAUGUGUUUUUUCAAGUUUGUCAAUCAUUCAGUGGCGUAACUCCAAAGUUUUAUUUGUUGUUAACCACUAUUCGGACAGAUUUGCGCUCGCCAUUGUUCCAUUGCUACGAAACUUUACCGUGAUGGACAUUCAGUCUUUGUAUUCUAUAAUAGCCAUGUUGCCAAGUAGUAGGUAUGUCGGCUUAAAGCCAAACUUGUGCACCGAGUCUUUUUGCAGGCUUGGGAAUGUGUUAGUAUCUGUAUAGUAAAUAAUUCAUUUCUGUUUUUUUUAACUAAACUAUAAUCGUUUUACAUCCCAGAACAUUUGUUACAGAUGUUUAUAUGCUAGAUGGUUUUUGUAAACUCUUCCGUACUGACACAAAGUACUAAGACAACGAUGCGCAUUACGUUAUAUUUAUCACUUAGUAAGCUUGUCUUUAAAUCUUCAUAAAUAGCCUCUAUCGGUAAUUUAAAAAAGCGUCAAGUCAAUAACUUGUUGAUUUUGUAUAUAGUGCAGUUUUUUCACAAACCCCAAACAGCUAAUUCAAUGUUAUUCAGUACACGAUAUAGUCAGAAGAUAUAGUGUAGUCAAACCUACUACACUUAUAUAAAAACUGGUGACAAAUGCAGAUUCAGAUUAAAAAAAAAAAUUAGAGUAACACAUUUGGCCACUCCGUGCUCGAAACAGUCCAGUAAUUGUCAUAGAAAAUCAUAUUAUGUGUAAAUUUUUAAGCCAGAAGAUCAGCCUGCGUGCGGAACCUCUUUUUCCCAUUACUUUUCCUUGGAAGAUUAGCUGGUAACCAUAAUUCACUUCUGUAGCUUUAUUGAGUAUAGAUUGUAAGCCCUCUACACUAUCAGCAAAUAUGACGAUAUCAUCUAUCUAGCGGAUGUGUUAUUUAGUUGUUCUUAGAUUACUAAAAUACCUUCAUCCAUUUCAUAUAGUGUCUUGCUCAGAGUAUAUAUUAUAUAAUACUGGUGACAGAAUACACCCUUGUCGUACGCCGCGUUUAACUUCCACAGUUUCUGACUAUUCCUCUGCUGCUGCAAGUUACAUAAACAUAUAUUGUUAAAACAAUUCAAGAAUGAUGGUAAGACAUUAAGUUCUAUUUCCUUUUAUAAUGAAAAUUCAUGAUAUCUAGAAGAAUCUUAGAAGAAUAUUCUAGUUGUCUGCAAGAUAGCAAUGUUUUGGCACGUUAUAGUAGUGUAGCAAUGUUGCAUACUACAGCGUUUCAGGAUGAUGUCAACGUCGCAAUAUUUGGUUGCGGGUUAUAGUUGUACCGAUUGCAAAACAUUAAACUGUAAUUUGUAUCAUCGCAAUAUUUGUAAUGGUGCAUUUUUGAAACGAUCAAACUGUAACAAUUUUCAGGUAUUCCUCUUUAUUUUGAGAACGGUAUAUGGUACACGGUUUCAUUAUCAGGAAGGUCAGUUCUUUGAGUGAAAAAGCUGGAUUUCAAAGUUAAGAAUAGCUUGAAUUUAGUAAGUAAAUUUCUUCAAGCAGUUUAUUUCACAUUUAAAAGUAAUACACUUACCAUUCCCUUAUUUUGGACAAUUGUUUUUAAUAUUAACUAAUGAUAAAAAUUGUAGCAUAUCAUCUUUCUAUUACUUUUUUUAUUUAAAACAAUUCCUAUAAAUAUAACGAUUGUUUGUGUUUUUGGUUAAUAUAUUGACUAAUAAGCACGAUGCGAACUCGAUGACAGAUUUGAAUUUAUCUAUUUGAUCUUAGGCUAGGCUAAAUAAAAAAAAAAUUAGUACUGCAUGUUUGAAAAACAUUUACCUUGUGUUUGUUGGUCAGAACUGCCAAUAUAGUAAGCAAAUUUUCAUAUAUUUAGGUAGGAAUAAAUAACUAAAUUUAUAGUUCCUAUUUUUGUAGUAAUCAUAUUCUCCUCAGCAUAUUGUAGUUAUACAGUUGAUGUUAAUAAAAGCUAACAUUGCGUGGGUUUUUAAAAUACCAAAAUAUCUCUUUGGUGAUUUGGUAGUACCUUAAGAACAGUAGAAUUUGGUAAAAUUUACCUAUUACUCUUUGAUCUUUGCAGCAGUUUAAAAUUUUUUAAACGAUCAGAAAACCUAGUGUUGAUAUCGAGAACUUUUGAUUUCUUCACUUGCCUGAUCUAUGCGAUGUAGACCAGCUCUAGGCAUACUUCAAAAAAAUUAUCAAAUGAUUACGUUGCUCAAGUUACUCACGUAGUUCUGCAGUUCAGUUUUUGUAAUGGCUUCAGUGUCACGUGAUCCAUAUACAAAGACAGAUGGAGUUGUGGAACUUUGUGUUUUGUCAAAAACUGUUGCACAAGAUUCGAUUAAUACGCUGAUACAUUACCGUGAUAAGUCAAUCGUUGCUCGUUUAAAAUGAGGCAGUUAACUUCUCACGGCGCCAUGAAAUAUUUGUAAAACUUUACCGCAAAAUUGGAACAUAUUCACGGUGAAAAACACCUUGUGAGGGAGGUGACUCUUUUUCUGCUAUGUCCUCGCUUUCUAGUUCGUGAACAACGUCAAGCUGUAAUCACAAGUUUUACAUGUUGGAAGGUGAUUCAGAAAUCAGGUCACUAUCAACAGUUAUACGGCCAUUUUUAAACGCAUCUCCAAAGAAGUUUUGAAUCGUUUAGAAUAUUGCUAACUAGAUGCUUCUUGUUGGUAGCUUCAGUUUACGUUAUAUUUGUGAAGAGUUACUGAUUACGCUCUUCCCUAGAAGUCGUUGAAAUGUUUUGAUGGAAAGUUGUAAACGAAGAUGGGUACUUUUAGAAAAGACCUCGAAUAUCUCUUCUCAGAUAUAGUUCUCGCCCUUCUCCAAUCUUCUCCUGCUCCUUUUAGGUUUUAAAUACUUUAAAUUUUGACAACUACACAACCUGUUUAGGUGUAAAACAAGUCGAUAACUUGCUCCUUAAUCUCUCCAAUAUGUUUCCUGUUUUUAUAUGUGUGUAUUUCGAUUUGUAUCACAUUUAGGUAUCGAGUAACCUAUUGAUUAAGAGGUUUCGCAUUUUUUAGAAGAAGAGAAAACCUAUUUAUUGGGGUUUCAAUUUAUACAUUUUCUUCCACUUUAAGUAAUAAUAGAAGUGCAAAUUUUGAAAAGAAUUUAAUCGAUUUAUAGUUUUUGCUCUACUAGUGACACCUACAAAGGUCUUUAGGUGUUAUAUGUGAACGAUGGGAAUUCACUAUCCUAGUUUUUGGAAACUUAACACUUUAAAGAACGAUAUUCCCUAGCGCCACCUUGUGAUUUAACUAAGAAAUAAUUUAAUUAUACAUUUACACAGGAACUUUGUGCUUUUUGCGCGUAUAUUCCUGUUAUUUAGUGUUUUUAUCUUUGAUCCUUUUUCAGUGAUUCCUGUCGGCUCAUUAUGUACAAAAUAACUAAGCGUUUUUUCUUUCAAGUAGUAAUUAUGCAUUAAAUAAAAAUUAUAUUAAUGCUGCCAGUAAAUGUACAUUGUUUUUUAUGUAGAUACCACACAAUGUAUGUAAUGUAAUGCAAUGUAAAAAUUGACAUACUAAAUAAUUAGUAACUUAUUCUUGUCUGAAACUACUGUUUGUUCUAAUAAUUCCAUAUAACCUGUGAUUUACUUUAUAUUUUGUGAUUAUAUACAUAUAUCAUUCCACUUCUAGAUAAAUGCACACAUUUUCAAGUACUGUUUAAAAAAUUUAACUAGAAGAAACAUACAUGCCAGAAUAUAAAUAUAUUAAUAAUAAUAUUGUUUUGUUUAAUAUCUAUAGAAUAUUUAUUUUUAGCUUAUUUGAAUACAAUAACUUAUGUUUCCAAAAAUAUCGUAGAACAUUUAUAGUAAAUAGGUAAUAAUAGUGUAUUACAUUUGGAAUUUGUUGGUGCUUUUUUCGUAUUUAUAGGUAAAUAUUCUCUUUCGGUUGCAACUUUGUUAAACAUACAUUAAUAUUCACGAAAUAUAUGUAAUUUUUGGUGUAAAAUUGUUCGUAUUUUUUGUACUUUUUUAAACCAGUUAUUGUUGAAAAUAAAACAAGUUUUCAU